CUGUCGCAGGAUCGUUAAAGGACAGCCGCCACCAUGUGUGACUGUUUUCACCUGGCGUUUCCAAACUGGCAUGCACCAGCAGCGGGUGCUGGACGAAGGCUGAGGGGACCAGAAGAAGACAGUGAAAUUCAAGAUUCAGUAUGUGAAGAGCCUGAAAUUUUAGAGAGCGAAAGACCUCGUCCUCAAGGCUCAUCCCCGAUAGAGGAAUUUCCAGCUGAAAAACAGACUGAAGAGGAUCCCUAUGACUUACCACACAAAGGUGGAAGCAUAAAAAAAUCCAAAAAAAUUGGUUUUGGAGGUCUGCUUGACAAGCGCACCCCAGCCAAAAUGAACGAAACAGAGAGUGAUUCUGAAAUGAUUGUGACAGCAGUGAAGGAAACAUAUACCAAGGGCCUAGUUGUGACUGGUGGAAAAAAAGAUGGAAUCUUCAUCAGAGAAGUAAAACCAGAUUCACCGGCUUCAAAACUCCUAAGUGUUAAAGAGGGUGAUCAAAUACUUAGUGCUACUAUAUACUUUGAUAAUGUGUCCCAUGAAGAUGCACUUCAUAUACUUGAACAUGCUCAGCCAUAUAAAAUGGAGUUCUGUUUAAAACGCAGAGUGAUAUCAACUGUACCCAAACCUGCUGAAACUGCACUUUCAGAGGGCAAAGAUGGGGGUUCACCAAAGAUGAGAGGUCAGAGAAGGAUGAAAAAACAACAAGACCGCAUCUCCUGGCCAAAGUUUCCUUCCUUUGGUAAGGGGCAUAAAGCACAAUUUAGAAGAUCUCACAGCACUUCAGAAGCAGAGGAACAAAGGAAAUUAGAAAUAAGCCCACCAACAAGUGAUGCAGAAUCCCCAUUCAAAUCACCACUGAAAUCUCCAGAUUUAAAAGACAAGAGAAAGAAGCACAAAGUCAAACUAAAAAUGAAGAUGAAAGGCCACAGAAGCAAGUCUGAAGAGGAACCACAUAAAACUGAGAAGGAGCCAGCGUCAGAGGUUCUGGUGGUUUUGGAAAAUCAAGAUGGUGAGGUUGUAUUAGAGGAAAAUGUUUCAGAUGAAUUUGUAAAAAAAUCUGAAUAUGAAGUUGCUUCAAAGAUUGAAAAUGAACAGACAUUACCAAGUUUGUCAGAAAUAGAAGGACAACAUGAGGUUAAUUUAAUUAGUUUAGGGAAUACAUUAAAGACAACUAACAUUCCCGUGGCUCUUUUAGAGAGAGAAAAAACUGAGUGCUCAGAAAUGAAACUUAGAAUUAAUGAGGGGGAGAUAUUUGAAGUCGAAACAGAGAACCAGUCUCUUUUACCUGAACAUAGAACCUUUGAACCAUCAACUUUUGACAGUAUUAUACCACAGACAGCAAAAGAAACACCUCAGCUUGAUACUGAUUCAAGCAAACAGGAAAAAGACAAAGACAGUACAGACAAAAACCUGGAAUACAAAAAUGUAGAACUUAGCAUCCCAACUUUUUCAGAUGUAGAAGAAGAAAAGAAAUCGUUAACUAUUGGUAGUGAAAAGCAGCAGAAGGAGAAAAACAUACAUGAAAAUGCGAGUUAUGGGAUUCGAACCAGAGGUCCUCUCGCAGGCAUGGCAACAUCGAAGACCCACUUCAUAAAUACCCUAAAUGGGCUUCAAUUCAUGUCACCUGACACAGGUUGUGAUGUGACUACAGAGGAUUCACAUCUAAAGUUAAAAACUUCUGAUGCAAUUUCAGCUAAUUUAGAUAAAACAUUUGAAUUAAAGUUCAGAUUGCCCAAUAUAGAUCUUUCUGCAUUUGAAAAUCAUGAAACAAUAAAAAUGACAGAAACUGAAACAAUUAAGACCCGCCUUCCAAAACGAGAAGAGAUUGAGAUUCCAGGAAUGGAAGCUAAAGAAUUAAAGCAAAAUAUUCCUGAAAUUAAAGUACAAAAUAUUGAGAAAAUUAUAAACAUAACUAAGAAAAGGGAAAUCCAGGAUUCACAAAUAAAGGAAGAGUUCAAUGUUAGGGAUGUCAAAGAGGCUGUUUCCAAAUUUCCAGCUUUUAAACUACCAGAGAGGGACAUUACAGGAGUGCUUGUGCAAAGAGAAAUCAAAAUAAUGGAAAUGAAGGCAGAUAAGUCUAACUUGACCCCUAAGGGAUCUCCUAGUAAAAUACUGAUCACAAGUACACCUAGUAGCACUACAAUUACUGAAAGCAAAAUAGGCAAAGAAAUUUCAUCGCCUUCGGCUGCUGUGGGUAAUGAAAAUGCUAUGACAAUCCCAAAAGUUGAUCUACCUUAUAUUGAUGAUCAAAUAAUAACUGAUACCCAUAUAAACUACAAAAAGCCAACAAGGAAAACCCAAGUAGAACCUGAUAAGAUGCUGAAGACAGAUGAUAGGGAACUUAUAGAUGUGAAUUUUAAACUUCCAAAGCGUGAAGAUAUUGAAAUACCGGGAAUGGAAGCCAUAAAGGAAUGUAAUGUACAAAACACAGAGGACAAAACAGCCAAAGACACAGCCCUAUAUCAAGUGCCAGAACAGUCUGGAGACAUCAGAAGUUCCCUCUUAUUACAGCAGGAAAAUGUUUACACUGUGAUCAAAUCUGAUGCUGAAAAGGGCAAAAAGCCCAAAACUAAAAAACAUGGUGACAUAAAAGGGCAGGAAAAGAAAUCAAAGAGACCAAAAACAACACUGUCAAGCACUGGGAUACCAAAACCUGAAUUUGCUUUUCCAGAAAGUGGCAUUGUACUAGAAGUAAAGGAGGAUUCUUCUAAAAAGGAUGAAGCAGCAAUCAAGACAAUUGGUGAGACAAAAAUAAUUACUGACAAACAAAUUAAAACAUCAGAAAUAAGACUACCCAAAAAUUUAGUAUCUGACCCAAAUAAGAGUGUUAAUGUAGGACAGGAAAUCAAUGUCUUAGAAGACAACCCCCCUUUACCAGAGGAAGGUGUAAAAGAAGCAAAAGCAGAUCAAACUGUGAGGGACACGACAAAAGAAAAAGUUUUCUCUCCAACUAAAUUUAAAAUCCCUUCAAUCACCCUUCCACAAUUUGGAGCUAAAACUUCAAAGGCAGCAAUAGACGUCUCUCCUAUGGAUGUGCAAUUUAAAGACACUGAAAUAAGUUCACAUAAAGAACAAAAAUUACCAACUGAGCCACCAUCAUUUUGCACAGAAAAACAUGUAAACAAAGAUGUAUCUGUGAAGCCUAAAGACACUGAAGAUAUCCAAGACAAGAAAUUCAAAUUGCCAAAAUUUGAAAUUAGUUUCCCAGAGGUAAAAGCACCAAAAAUUACAUUAGGAGUAUCAAAAAAAGAGAGUGAAGCUGAGGUGAGUCCCCAAAAUGUUGAUAUUUCUUUACCAGAAGGAAGUGAAAAUGUAAAAGGAGCCAACACAAACAUUGAAAUGUCAAAGGAUGAUUCUGAUCAAAAAGAUUUCAAAAAGUUUGGUUCUCCAUCAAGGUUUAAACUUCCUUCAAUCUCCUUUCCAAAAUUUGGAGCUAAGUCUUCAAAGGUGGCAGCAGAGGCCUCAGAAAUGGAUUUAGGUGAAAUAAAGAGACCUGAAAUAAAUGUACCAGAAACAGAGGUUGAAUUGUCAGCUGACCCAGUAUUAGCUGAUGUACAUAAAAAAACUAAACCGGUCAGUGUAGAAAUUAAAGAUCAGAAAAUUCAAAGUGAAAGUAUAGAUAGUACGUUUAAAAUGCCAAAGUUUGGAAUCAGAUUACCUGAGGUGAAAGGGCCAAAAAUAGAUUUAGGUUUCAAGAAAGCAGAAACCGAAAUUUCUGUACCUGAGGGAAAGGUAGAAGUGCAUCCACCUGAUGUUAAUAAACCAGAUGUAACAGCUGAAGUGAAAGCAGACCUGCCAGAAAUAGAUUCUAAAUGUCUUGAAGUAAAAAUUAAGAAACCAGGGUUUACUCUUCCUACAACUGGACUUGGUAAAUCAGAAAUAAAGGCUCCAGUAGUUGACAGUAGUUUGACUCUGCCAAAUGCAGAUGUGACUGUACCAGAGGCAGGUAUCGAAAUGGAGAUACCAAACACUGACAUUAAAUUGUCAGAAAAAGACACUGGACAGAAAGAAUCAACAAAGUUUGGAUCUCCAACAAAGUUUAAACUUCCUUCAAUCUCCCUUCCAAAAAUUGGAGUCAGACUUCCAAAAGCAACGGUAGAGGUUUCUGAUGUGGAUGUAGAUGUUAAGGGACCUGAAAUAAAUGUACCAGAUGCAGAGCCAAAAUUAUCAAUUGAUCCACUUUCAGUUAAAAUAAAAGGGCCAGAUGUAAACAAAGAGGCAAAAGCUCUCAAUGUGGAAAUAAAAGAGCAAGAUAUCCCAAUCAAAGAUCAAGAAAGUACAUUCAAUAUACCAAAAUUUGGGAUCAGACUACCUGAAGUGAAAGGGCCAAAAAUCGAUUUAAGGUUUAAGAAAGCAGAAACUGACAUUUCUGUACCUGAGGGAAAGAUAGAAGUGCAUCCACUUGAAGUUAAUAAACCAGAUGUAACAGCUGAAGUGAAAGCAGACCUGCCAGAAAUAGAUUCUAAAGGUCUUGAUAUAAAUAUAAAGAGACCAGGAUUUACUUUUCCAUCAAUUGGAUUUGGUAAAUCAGAAAUAAAGGCUCCAGUAGUUGAUGUGACUCUGCCAAAUGCAGAUGCGACUCUACCAGAGGCAAAAAUAGAAAUGGAGAUACCAAACACUGACAUUAAAUUGUCAAAAGAAGACUCUGGACAGAAAGAUUCAACAAAGUUUGGAUCUCCAACAAAGUUUAAACUUCCUUCAAUCUCCUUCCCAAAAAUUGGAGUCAAACUUCCAACAGCAAAGGUAGAGGUUUCUAAUGUGGAUGUAGAUGUUAAGGGACCUGAAAUAAAUUUACCGGAUGCAGAGCCAAAAUUAUCAAUUGAUCCACUUUCAGUUGAAAUAAAAAGACCAGAUGUAGACAAAGAGGCAAAUGAUCUCAGCGUGGAAAUAAAAGAGCAGGACAUCCCAAUCAAGGGUCAAGACAGUACAUUCAAUAUACCAAAAUUUGGGAUCAGACUACCUGAGGUGAAAGGGCCAAAAAUAGAUGUAAGUUUUAAGAAAGCAGAAACUUAUAUUUCUGUACCUGAGGGAAAGGUAGAAGUGCAUCCGCCUGAUGUUAUUAAACCAGAUGUAACAGCUGAAGUGAAAGCAGACCUGCCAGAAAUAGAUUCUAAAGGUCUUGAUAUAAAAAUAAAGAAACCAGGAUUUACUUUUCCCUCAAUUGGAUUUGGUAAAUCAGAAAUGAAGGCUCCAGAAGUUGAUGUGACUCUGCCAAAUGCAGACGUGUCUCUACCAGAAGCAAGUAUAGAAAUGGAGGGACCACAUACUGACAUUCAAUUGUCAAAAGAAGACUCUGGACAGAAAGAUUCAACAAAGUUUGGAUCUCCAACAAAGUUUAAACUUCCUUCAAUCUCCCUCCCAAAAAUUGGAGUCAAACUUCCAAAAGCAAAGGUAGAGGUUUCUGAUGUGGAUGUAGAUGUUAAGGGACCUGAAAUAAAUGUACCGGAUGCAGAGCCAAAAUUAUCAGUUAAGCCACUUUCAGUUGAAAUAAAAGGACCAGAUGUAGACAAAGAGGCAAAUGAUCUCAGUGUUGAAAUAAAAGAGCAGGACAUCCCAAUCAAGGGUCAAGACAGUACAUUCAACUUGCCAAAAUUUGGGAUUAGACUACCUGAGAUGAAAGGGCCAAAAAUAGAUUUAAGUUUCAAGAAAGCAGACACCAAAAUUUCUGUACCUGAGGGAAAGGUAGAAGUGCAUCCACCUGAAGUUAAUAAACCAGAUGUAACAGCUGAAGUGAAAGCAGACCUGCCAGAAAUAGAUUCUAAAGGUGUUGAUAUAAAAAUAAAGAGACCAGGGUUUACUUUUCCCUCAAUUGGAUUUGGUAAAUCAGAAAUAAAGGCUCCAGAAGUUGAUGUGACUCUGCCAAAUGCAGACGUGUCUCUACCAGAGGCAAGUAUAGCAAUAGAGGGACCACAUACUGACAUUAAAUUGUCAAAAGAAGACUCUGGACAGAAAGAUUCAACAAAGUUUGGAUCUCCAACAAAGUUUAAACUUCCUUCAAUCUCCCUCCCAAAAAUUGGAGUCAAACUUCCAAAAGCAAAGGUAGAGGUUUCUGAUGUGGAUGUAGAUGUUAAGGGACCUGAAAUAAAUGUACCAGAUGCAGAGCCAAAAUUAUCAAUUGAGCCACUUUCAGUUGAUGUGUCUCUACCAGAGGCAAGUAUAGAAAUGGAGGGACCAAACACUGACAUUAAAUUGUCAAAAAAAGACUCUGGACAGAAAGAGUCAACAAAGUUUGGUUCUCCAACAAAGUUUAAACUUCCUUCAAUCUCCCUCCCAAAAAUUGGAGUCAAACUUCCGAAAGCAAAGGUAGAGGUUUCUGAUGUGGAUGUAGAUGUUAAAGGACCUGAAAUAAAUGUACUGGAUGCAGAGCCAAAAUUAUCAAUUGAGCCACUUUCAGUUGAUGUGUCUCUACCAGAGGCAAGUAUAGAAAUGGAGGGACCAAACACUGACAUUAAAUUGUCAAAAAAAGACUCUGGACAGAAAGAUUCAACAAAGUUUGGUUCUCCAACAAAGUUUAAACUUCCUUCAAUCUCCCUCCCAAAAAUUGGAGUCAAACUUCCGAAGGCAAAGGUAGAGGUUUCUGAUGUGGAUGUAGAUGUUAAAGGACCUGAAAUAAAUGUACCGGAUGCAGAGCCAAAAUUAUCAAUUGAGCCACUUUCAGUUGAUGUGUCUCUACCAGAGGCAAGUAUAGAAAUGGAGGGACCAAACACUGACAUUAAAUUGUCAAAAAAAGACUCUGGACAGAAAGAUUCAACAAAGUUUGGUUCUCCAACAAAGUUUAAACUUCCUUCAAUCUCCCUCCCAAAAAUUGGAGUCAAACUUCCGAAGGCAAAGGUAGAGGUUUCUGAUGUGGAUGUAGAUGUUAAAGGACCUGAAAUAAAUGUACCGGAUGCAGAGCCAAAAUUAUCAAUUGAGCCACUUUCAGUUGAUGUGUCUCUACCAGAGGCAAGUAUAGAAAUGGAGGGACCAAACACUGACAUUAAAUUGUCAAAAAAAUACUCUGGACAGAAAGAUUCAACAAAGUUUGGUUCUCCAACAAAGUUUAAACUUCCUUCAAUCUCCCUCCCAAAAAUUGGAGUCAAACUUCCGAAGGCAAAGGUAGAGGUUUCUGAUGUGGAUGUAGAUGUUAAAAAACCUGAAAUAAAUGUACCGGAUGCAGAGCCAAAAUUAUCAACUGAUCCACUUUCAGUUAAAAUAAAAGGGCCAGAUGUAGACAAAGAGGCAAAAGCUCUCAAUGUGGAAAUAAAAGAGCAGGACAUCCCAAUCAAGGGUCAAGAAAGUACAUUCAGUAUACCAAAAUUUGGGAUUAGACUACCUGAGGUGAAAGGGCCAAAAAUCGAUUUAAGUUUCAAGAAAGCAGAAACCGAAAUUUCUGUACCUGAGGGAAAGGUAGAAGUGCAUCCACCUGAAGUUAAUAAACCAGAUGUAACAGCUGAAGUGAAAGCAGACCUGCCAGAAAUAGAUUCUAAAGGUCUUGAUAUAAACAUAAAGAAACCAGGAUUUACUUUUCCCUCAAUUGGAUUUGGUAAAUCAGAAAUGAAGGCUCCAGAAGUUGAUGUGACCCUGCCAAAUGCAGACGUGUCUCUACCAGAGGCAAGUAUAGAAAUGGAGGGACCACAUACUGAUAUUCAAUUGUCAAAAGAAGACUCUGGACAGAAAGAUUCAACAAGGUUUGGAUCGCCAACAAAGUUUAAACUUCCUUCAAUCUCCCUCCCAAAAAUUGGAGUCAAACUUCCAAAAGCAAAGGUAGAGGUUUCUGAUGUGGAUGUAGAUGUUAAGAGACCUGAAAUAAAUGUACCAGAUGCAGAGCCAAAAUUAUCAAUUGAGCCACUUUCAGUUGAUGUGUCUUUACCAGAAGCAAGUAUAGAAAUGGAGGGCCUACACAGUGACAUUAAAUUGUCAAAAGAAGACUCUGGACAGAAAGAGUCAACAAAGUUUGGUUCUCCAACAAAGUUUAAACUUCCUUCAAUCUCCUUUCCAAAAAUUGGAGUCAAACUUCCAAAAGCAAAGGUAGAUGUUUCUGAUGUGGAUGUAGAUGUUAAGAAACCUGAAAUAAAUGUACCGGAUGCAGAGUCAAAAUUAUCAAUUGAUCCACUUUCAGUUAAAAUAAAAGGACCAGAUGUAGACAAAGAGGCAAAUGAUCUUAGUGUGGAAAUAAAAGAGCAGGACAUCCCAAUCAAGGGUCAAGAAAGUACAUUUAAUAUACCAAAAUAUGGAAUCAAAUUACCUGAGGUGAAAGGGCCAAAAAUAGAUUUAAGUUUUAAGAAAGCAGAAACUGAAAUGUCUGUCCCUGAGGGAAAGGUAGAAGUGCAUCCACCUGAUUUUAAUAAACCAGAUGUAACAGCUGAAGUGAAAGCAGACCUGCCAGAAAUAGAUUCUAAAGGUCUUGAUAUAAAAAUAAAGAGACCAGGAUUUACUUUUCCCUCAAUUGGAUUUGGUAAAUCAGAAAUGAAAGCUCCAGAAGUUGAUGUGACUCUGCCAAAUGCAGACGUGUCUCUACCAGAAGCAAGUAUAGAAAUGGAGGGACCACAUACUGACAUUCAGUUGUCAAAAGAAGACUCUGGACAGAAAAAUUCAACAAAGUUUGGAUCUCCAACAAAGUUUAAACUUCCUUCAAUCUCCCUCCCAAAAAUUGGAGUCAAACUUCCAACAGCAAAGGUAGAGGUUUCUGAUGUGGAUGUAGAUGUUAAGGGACCUGAAAUAAAUUUACCGGAUGCAGAGCCAAAAUUAUCAAUUAAGCCACUUUCAGUUGAAAUAAAAGGGCCAGAUGUAGACAAAGAGGCAAAAGCUCUCAAUAUGGAAAUUAAAGAGCAGGACAUCUCGAUCAAGGGUCAAGACAGUACAUUCAACUUGCCAAAAUUUGGGAUUAGACUACCUGAGGUAAAAGGACCAAAAAUAGAUUUCAGUUUAAAGAAAGCAGAAACUGAAAUUUCUGUACCUGAGGGAAAGGUAGAAGUGCAUCCACCUGAAGUUAAUAAACCAGAUGUAACAGCUGAAGUGAAAGCAGACCUGCCAGAAAUAGAUUCUAAAUGUCUUGAUAUAAAAAUAAAGAGACCAGGAUUUACUUUUCCCUCAAUUGGAUUUGGUAAAUCAGAAAUAAAGGCUCCAGAAGUUGAUGUGACUCUGCCAAAUGCAGACGUGUCUCUACCAGAGGCAAAAAUAGAAAUGGAGAGACCACAUACUGACAUUCAUUUGUCAAAAGAAGACUCUGGACAGAAAGAUUCAACAAGGUUUGGAUCGCCAACAAAGUUUAAACUUCCUUCAAUCUCCCUCCCAAAAAUUGGAGUCAAACUUCCAAAAGCAAAGGUAGAGGUUUCUGAUGUGGACGUAGAUGUUAAGGGACCGGAAAUAAAUGUACCAGAUGCAGAGCCAAAAUUGUCAAUUGAGCCACUUUCAGUUGAUGUGUCUCUACCAGAGGCAAGUAUAGAAAUGGAGGGACCAAACACUGACAUUAAAUUGUCAAAAGAAGGCUCUGGACAAAAAGAAUCAACAAAGUUUGGAUCUCCAACAAAGUUUAAACUUCCUUCAAUCUCCUUCCCCAAAUUUGGAACCAAAGCUCCAAAAGCAAAAGUAGAGGUUUCUGAUGUGGAUGUAGAGGGACCUGAAAUAAAUGUACCAGAUGCAGAGCCAAAAUUAUCAGUUGAGCCACUUUCAGUUGAAAUAAAAGGACCAGAUGUAGACAAAGAGGCAAAAGCUCUCAAUGUGGAAAUAAAAGAGCAGGGUAUCUUAAUUAAGGGUCAAGAAAGUACAUUUAACUUGCCAAAAUUUGGGAUUAGACUACCUGAGGUGAAAGGACCAAAAAUAGAUUUCAGUUUUAAGAAAGCAGAAACCGAAAUUGGUAAAUCGGAAAUAAAGGCUCCAGAAGUUGAUGCGACUCUGCCAAAUGCAGACGUGUCUCUACCAGAGGCAGGUAUAGAAAUGGAGAUACCAGACACUGAUAUUCAAUUGUCAAAAGAAGACUCUGGACAGAAAGAUUCAACAAAGUUUGGAUCUCCAACAAAGUUUAAACUUCCUUCAAUUUCUCUUCCAAAAAUUGGAGUCAAACUUCCAAAAGCAAAGGUAGAGGUUUCUGAUGUGGAUGUAGAUGUUAAGGGACCUGAAAUAAAUGUACCAGAUGCAGAGCCAAAAUUAUCAAUUGAUCCACUUUCAGUUGAUGUGACUCUACCAGAGGCAAGUAUAGAAAUGGAGGGACCAAACACUGACAUUAAAUUGUCAAAAAAAGACUCUGGACAAAAAGAUUCAACAAAGUUUGGUUCUCCAACAAAGUUUAAACUUCCCUCAAUCUCCUUUCCAAAAUUUGGAACCAAAGCUUCAAAAACAAAGGUAGAGGUUUCCGAUAUGGAUGUAGAGGGACCUGAAAUAAAUGUACCAGAUGCCAAGUUACAAUUGCCAAGUGAGCAACUAUCAGUUGCUAUAAAAGGACCUGAUAUGAACAAAGAGGCAAAAUCUGUUAGUGUGGAAAUAAAAGACCAGGACUUUAAAACAGAGGGAGAAGACAGUACAUUCAAACUGCCAAAAUUUGAGUUCAGCUUACCUGAGAUAAAAGGACCAAAAAUUGAUUUUCAAAAAAAAGGUUCAAAGGAAGGAACCAACGUUUCUGUAUCAAUGGGAAAGGUUGAUGUGUAUCCACCUGAUGUUAAUGUAACAGCUGAAGUAAAAGCAGACAUACCAGAAAUGGAUUCUAAAGCUUUUGAGGUGAAAAUGAAAAGACCAGGAUUUACUUUUCCUACAUUUGGAUCUGGUAAAUCAGAAAUUCAGGCUGCAGAAGCUGAUUUGAAUCUGCCAAAGGUUGAUGUGUCAUUACUAGAGGCAAGUGCAGAAAUAGAUGGACAAAAUACAGAUCUUACGUUAUCAAAGAAAGACUCUGGACAAAAAGAUUCAGCAAAGUUUGGUUCUCCAACAAAGUUUAAACUUCCUUCAAUCUCCUUCCCCAAAUUUGGAACCAAAGCUUCAAAACCAAAGGCAGAGGUUUCUGAUGUUGAUGUAGAUGUUAAGGGACCUGAAAUAAAUGUACCAGAUGCCGAGUUAAAAUUGCCAGCUAAGUCACUAUCAGUCGAUAUAAAAGAACCUGAUGUGGAUAAGGAGGCAAAAUCUGUCAGUGUGGAAAUAAAAGACCAGGACUUUCAAAUAGAGGGAAAAGACAGUACAUUCAAAUUGCCAAAAUUUGGAAUCAGCCUUCCUGAGAUAAAAGGACCAAAAAUUGAUUUUAGUAAAAAGAAAGCAGACAUUGAAAUUUCUGCACUGGAAGGAAUGGUAGAAAUUCAUCAGCCCACUGUUAAUGUACAAGAUGUUAAAGCUGAAGUUAAAGCAAACUGUCCAGAAGUGUCUUUACCAGAGGCAAGUAUAGAAAUAAAAGAACAAAAUGCAGACAAUAAAUUGUCAAAAGAAGGACAAAAAGAUUCAACAAAGUUUGGUUCUCCAACAAAGUUUAAACUUCCUUCAAUCUCCCUUCCAAAAUUUGGAGCCAAAGUUCCAAAGCUGUCGUCGGAGGUCUCUGAUGUGGAUGUAGAUGUUAAAAAAACUGAAAAAGGUUUACCAGAUGCAGAGCCAGAAGCUGAUGUGAUUUUGCCAAGUGUUGAUGUGUCUUUACCAGAGGGAAGUCAACAACAAUCAAAGAAAGAGUCUAAGCAAAAAGAUUCAAAGUUUGGUUCUCCAACAAAGUUCAAACUUCCUUCAAUCUCCUUCCCCAAAUUUGGAGCAAAAGUUACAAAGGUGACAGCAGAAGAACCUGAGAGACCAGAUGCAGAAAUAAAAUUGACAACUGAGCCAAUAAAAGAACAGGACAUUCUAAUCACUGGUCAAGAAAGCCUUCUUGAGGUGAAAGGACCAACAACUGAUUUAGGUUCUGACAUGAUAGAGGCUAAGAUUUCUGAAAUGCAUCCAUCUGAUGUUAAAGUGCAAGAUAUAACAACUGAAGUGAAAGCAGACCUACCAGAGGUAGAUUCAAAAGUUCCUGGAGUAAAAGUUAAGAUGAGUGGAUUUUCAUUACCAAAGUUUGGGUUUUCUAAAUCCGAGUCAUCAGAAGCUGAUGCAAGUCUUCAAAAUGUUAAUGUGUCUUUACCACAGGAAAGUGCAGAAAUAGAAGAACCUAAUACAGAAGAUGUUGGGCAAAAAGCUUCAGGAAAAUUUGAUUCUCCAACUAAAUUUAAACUUCCCUCUAUUAAAUUUCCUAAAUUUGAACUUCAAGUUACAAAGGAGACAGUAGAUAAAUCUUCUGUUGAGGUAGAUGUUAAACCACCCGAAAUAUCAGACUCAGAGCUAAAAUUGUCAGCCCAGCCACUCGACCAAACUGUGGACAUUAAACUGUCAAAUGUAGACCUAAAAGGGACCACACAAUUACCUGAUGAGAGGGAUCAUGAUGUGGAAAUAAACAAUAAAGUAGAAACAUCAGAAAUGGCAAAGAUCAGUAUUUCUACAUCUAAAUCUCAGUAUAGAGAUCAAGAUUCUUUUAUGAGUGGUAAUGUUCCAGGUGUCACAUUAGAACAAAAAUCUCCCAAAACUUUACUGCCAUCGUUUGGAGAUAUUGUCAAAGCAUUUGAUGUUGAAUUUUAUAUUCCCACAUUAGAUGAAAUUGAAGAAGCCAAGAAAUAUACUUCAGAAUCUCUAAAGCUGGAAUAUGACUCCGGGAUUAGUCAGCCUUCAGUUUAUGGUAAUGAAGGGGUAAAUUUAGACAUAACUACUGAAAAGAAAGAAAAGCAAACUGAGGAUAAACUAAACAAAAACAUUGUUUUUGAGUUUUCUUCUACAACAGUAAAAGUUGAUGGAAAAGAAACAUUUCAACCACCCAAUACAGCUGAAGAGAGUCCCAUCAAUGACCUGAAUGACAAAGAUGCUGAGCAGAGUUCCACAAGAGAGGUUGAAGUGGACAGCCCAACUUUGUCACUGAGGUCAUCUGAUGCUUUUGCAGAUGUAAGUUCGGCCCCAAUAACUGAACAGAUUACUAGCCCAACAAAAGUAAAGGUAAAAUAUUCUGAAUCUACUGCAGCUGCUGAAGUAAGUGACGUACACAGUGAAGUUUUUACUUUAACAGCCAGAACUGAACUAAUAACCAUAGUGCCUCAUCAACCAGAAAAAGUCAACAUUCCAUUUUCAUCUGAAGCAUCCUCUUCUUCUCUGGACACUCUCAAAGAGAUGUCAGGAAAAAUGCACAUAAUUAAAAACUAUGUGCAAUCUGAAUCAGACACCGCAAUCCUCACUAACACAGAUACACAGAACAUACAAACCCUGUUUUCUAAAAGUGUAGCAGAAUCCGUGUUGUCUGUUGAGAAAACCACAGUGCAAAAAGAACGUACGCUUGUAGAGAAGCAUGUUGUGAAAGAAAUGUUUGGUGAUGACGAGGAUUCACCUCUUGUCAUGCAGAAAAUACAGAUUUUUGAAGGAGCGCCUAUACUAGAUGACACUACAUACUCAAUUAAAAAGUUGAGAGACACAGUACACUCUGAAAAAAUGCGAUUUUUUGAGAGUGGAGAGUCGAGUAAGACAAUCGUUGUGAGCACUGAAACAAAGAUUUUAAAACGUGCAGAUUUUUCUAAAGAGGAGAGUGAGGAGAAAUGAACCUGUAGGUAAAUAUCUGUCAUGUCUUAAUUUGUGGUUGUUUAAUACCAGAUUUACUGGUUUUAGGAUUCUGGGUGCAUUUGUUUUCUGUGUAUAGCCUGACGUGUAUGCAGAUAAAGCAAUGACAAUGUUUUGUGGACAAGUACUAAUUAAACUGUAAACUAACCUAAAUAAAUCAUUAAACUAAAGAUAACUUCAGUAAAACUUAGAGCAGAUCAGCAUGGGCACAAAAUACAGCUUUCUCUGUGAAAAUUGUUUAGUGUUGUCUCAGCCAUAUACAAGCACUUUUACAUGUAAAGCUGUUUAUAAAUAGGAAUAUAUAACAUUGUCAUGUAGUAGUAUACUUUUAAGCAUAUAUUUUGUUUGAUUACCUAACUACAAACAUCUACACACGCUCAGCUCUGUAAAGCCGAUAAAAUAAAAUAAUAUAAAUAUA